AUGUGGUGGGAAAUUUCGCUGCGCCGCGAUGUGAUCGUCCAUCCCCGGCAUAUGGAUCCUUCCGGCGGCCAUCGGCGCUGGAUCAUCCAGACGCUGCUAGAGGAUAUGGAGGAUCUCCAAUGCAGCCGCGAGCACGGCUACUAUGUCGCGCCCACGACGCUGUCCAAGGUGAGCGGGGGCAUGAUCAGGGAGUCCGGCGGCGUCUCCUACAAAGUGGAUUUUAAGUGCAUGGUCUUCAAGUUGAUCAAGAACGAGAUCGUGGAGCUGGAGAUCGAGAAUGUGAAGCAGAGUGGCGCCGAGGCCUCUUGCGGCCCUUACACUGCGAUCUUUCUCCACCACAGCCUCAUGACUGGGUUUGUCUACUCCAACGAGAACGGCCCGUGUUUCAAGAACAGCGAUGGUGUGGUGAUCUCCAAAGGUUGUGCUGUUCGAGCGAAGAUCCUGGGAGGGCAGUUCAUGGGCGAUGGAGCGAAUGAGUUCCUAGAGUGUACACUGCAGGAAAUGAAGGUUGGUGCUACGACGGACGACGAAGCAACCGCUUCUCUUCUCUGUCAGUGUAAGUCAUUUGCACGAUGGAUGGCUACUCUUUUCUUUGCUCGAUCUAAUGCUAUUUGGCCAGAAGUGCUGCACAACAAUCCAGCCAACUGGUGCUCCGAACAAAGCGAACACGCAAAGUGA